AACCACAUUUACACUAAGUUGUUUUUACCAGGUUUUUAGUGGAACGUUUAAUUUUGUAUUUCUCCAUUUAGCUUCGAUUCAACGACAAAAAAUGCCAAGGAUGGUACGGACCGUUCGCACAAAACUUCCUAACGAAUAACACGAGUGAAAGUUGCCGUUGUGUGCUAACACUCGACAUUCAGGUAGUAAUAUUUAUUAAAUGGUGAUUACCAGUGCCAUGGAGAGAAGAAUCAAGUUAAAAACAUUGAACAACCACAUAACAUGCAAGAUAUGCAAGGGUUAUUUGAUAGAUGCCACAACUGUAACGGAAUGUCUACAUACGUUCUGCAAAAGCUGUCUUGUAAAACAUUUAGAAGAGAAACACACAUGUCCAACAUGUCAAAUUGUUAUACAUCAAUCACAUCCGCUCCAAUAUAUAAGCUUUGACAGAACUAUGCAAGAUAUUGUCUAUAAAUUAGUUCCUGAUCUUCAAGAAAAUGAAAUUAAAAAGGAAAGAGAAUUUUAUAGAGCCAGAGGAUUAGCUUGCCCAAAAGAUGUCCUACCGAAUGCUGGGGAUGUUGAAGAAGAGAAGGCAACAGCAGAUGCACAUGCAGAAUCAGAUUAUCACCGUACUGAUGAACAAGUUAAUGUUUGUUUGGAAUGCAUAAAUACAAGUUUAAAAACCUUGAAACGAAGAUUUAUUAGGUGUUCUGCCCAAGCAACUAUUACGCAUUUGAAAAAGUUUAUCGCCAAGAAAGUGUUAAACGGGAUGGAGAAAUAUCGGGAUAUUGAUAUUUUGUGCAAUGAUGAACUAUUAGGUAAGGACCAUACAUUGAAAUUUGUUUAUGUAACAAGAUGGAGGUUCCGGGACCCACCUUUAAGGCUACAAUAUAGACCACGAAUAGACAUUUAAGAUUAAUAUCUCAAUGUUCGA